GAAAAUCCUCUUGUGAGCUGAGCUGAAAGCUGUGUCUGACCUGCAAAGAUGGAAGACUAGUCACUGGUGUCAAAGAGGCUUUGAUGCUAACUUCAGUAAAUAUUGGGAAGAACCUUGGGUCGUUGCUUCUCUCGUUAAGGAGUAUGGUCUCGAAGGUUGCGCAGUUUUGUUCCAGAACUUGAUGACCGAACCUCAUCAACUUCUGGGCCCUACAGGUCAUCAUGCUCACACUACUAACAUCUUGUCCUAUUUGUGGCGUACUGCUGGUUGUAAGGCUGCGUGCUAACGCGAAUAGUGCUGAGCUGCCCGACGCGUACGACCAUGACGGGAAAGAAGACCCAGCUACGGGUGGAAGUUUAUAUUUCGUGUUGCCUCGCCUCGAUUUCGAGAUUCCGUCUUGUUUCCUUUGAAAAACUACGUCUCGGUCCCGCCCAGCGUCAACAUGGAUUCUUUCAAGAUGGGGAUCGCAAAGUACUUCCACCGCGCGACUCCUGCUACGUCGCAUAGAGCAACCACUGCUCCAAGCCCACUGGGAAUUUGGCCACUUUUUGCAUCGAAUGCAAUUCUUUCCGCGCUUUCGAUCAUAACCCUCGCUUUGAUUAGCUCCACGGUCGCCUGGUUGCUCGAACAGAAACACAACGUACACAGCUAUGAAAUAGCAUGGCCUGCAACUAGUUUCCAGCUGAACGUUUUGCCCAAGAAUGUAUGGGGCGAUCAAGGAUAUGAAUCCAACGGUGCGGCGGGUUAUGGUUUCCUCGUAGGAAUAUUCGGGAUGAUCACAGCUUGGAGAUUGAGGAGAGCUGGACGGCCGUUGAAGAGCCUCACAGUGCUUCUAGUGCUCCAAAUUGGCGCCAUCCUCUUCACGCUCUCCGCCUUUAUAUUUGUCUUUAUCGUCACGUACAAAACGAUGGGCCAAUACAUUCGCGAACCCAUCGCUGCCAACAACGUCGGCACCGACUAUGCUGAGUACAAGUGGACGCCGGAAACCUGGAUGAAGGCCGUUCUCGAUCUUCCCCUCGCUGACCAGGGCAAACGCGAUCAGAUCAACACUCGGGUCACGAAUAUGGUUGCUUGGCGGUGGAUGUUACUCCCGCUAUUUAUCGUGGAUUGCCUUGCAUUCAGUGUAACCGUGGCGGCUUGGCUGAGGCUACGGAAGUGUACGACAACCCGCUCGAGUUCUGCCGACGCUAUUGAGAAAUGAGCCUGCGCUUGCCAGCGGAGGGCUCGGUACUGUUGAUCGAUGGGUCGAGGAGGAACAGAGAGUUGGUCUUAUGCCGUUCAAGACCCGGUGUCUGAUUCGGAGAGGGACAUCGCUGAGAGACGAUGCGACCGAGCAGCUCUCACCAGUAAUUUGCGAAAGCACAUAGUCUAUGAGCUACAGCAGAAUAUUACGAACUUAUGACUGUAUUUCGAGUAUCUGUUCUUGUAUUAUGACAGUUACCCAGCAUAUACGGAGUAUUCGAUCGCUCCGAGCCCAGACUUCGCGGCCCGUGGGAGUGGGGAAGAUGGACUAGACACAUCUAAUAGGAUACCAUGGCCGUCUC